AUGGCUACCUUGCCAAGUACCAGUGUACGGCCUGCCAGACCAUUUGCGACAACAGGAGUUGAUUUUGCGGGACCCUUGGAUGUUCGAAGUGGUAUACGCCGUGUCACAAGCAUAAAGACAUGGAUUGCUGUUUUUUUGUGUCUAGCUACUAGAGAAAUACAUUUGGAAUCAGUGGUUGGUCUUACAAGCAAUGCCUUUUUUGCGGCGCUGCGACGGUUUAUGGCACGAAGAGGUAAAUGUUCAAAAAUAUAUAGUGACAAUGCAACAAACUUUGUGGGUGUUCAACGAGAAUUAUCAACCUAUCUGCGAGGUGUCGAUGAAAGUGUAGCCAAAGAAGGAAUAGAUUGGCAUUUUAACCCACCAGCAGCACCACAUUUCGGUGGAAUUUGGGAGAGUGCCGUGAAAAGCGCAAAGCACCAUCUGACUAGAGUAGUUAAGGAUGCUAGGCUCACGUUAGAAGAGCUAGGGACUUUACUCUUUCAAAUUGAGGCAUGUUUGAACUCUCGUCCAUUGACCCCGUUAAAUUCUCAUCCACUAGACUUAGAGCCGAUAACACCAGUACAUUUUUUGAUUGGUGGACCAUUACUCCUGGUCCCAGAACCUGACUUAUCGAAUGGAAAAUAUCAGCACAUUGCGAAAAUGGAGAUAUGUGCAGGCCUUGAUGCAGGCGUUCUGGAAAAGGUGGUCAAAGGAAUAUUUACCACAACUGCAAGUUCGAGGCCAGAAGAAUGUGCGCCUCCAGGGAAAUGGAAAUUAGGAAAAAUAUUAAAAACUCAUCCGGUUAGUGAUGGGAUUGUGCGAGUAGUUACAUUGAAGACAUCAAAUGGUAAUGAGCUGAAGCGACCAGUUGUCAAACUGUGCCGCUUACCAGUAGAAGAGAAAGAGCAGAAUUUUGAAAAUCAUAAUUUUCAAAAGGGGGAGAAUGUUUGCGCCGACAACGAUACUAGC